CAUAGUUAAAAACAAACAGCUGUUUUCGAUAAAUAACGUUCCAAGUCUCCAAGAGCAAAAAAGGGUGUGCACGAAGACCAAAGCAUCACCCCGCAUCAGUGUCCCAUCUCUCCAGCCUUCUGUAUAACUGCAUAUUUUAACAAUAUAUGAACCGCUUUUGUUUCUGCAUCUACUCAAUACUCAUGGUCAUGGACAACACAAAUAAGUGAAUAACUUUAUUGUUUUUCUUUUAUAAUUUUCAAUUUUUUUUCUUCUCAUUGACCCAAGCCAAACAGAACAUUAGCCGCUUUCUCGAUAUCUCUCUCUGGUUCUAUUUUGUCUUCGCUCUCUCAGUUCUCAUAUUUAUCCCUACACUUAUCCGUACCUCUAAACUUCAAUAAAGUUUCAAUCUUUAUGUAUUUUGGUUGAAAGUUCUUGCAAGAUUUUGGGGUUUUCGAGGUGGGUCAAGGCUAAAUUGAUCAAAGAUUCAAUCUUUUUGCUAUUGAAGGUGAUUUACAAGUGGGGUUGGGCUGAAGCUGAUUCGAUCUAGGGUUUUGAUGGGUUUUUCAAUUUUAAGAAAUGGGUAUGAUUUUUAAUGAUUCAGUUUGAAGUUUCGAGAAAAGGGUAUGUUUUUUGCUGAUUUAGUUUGAAUUUCUGUGCAUUCUAUAAAUCAUUUCUGGUUUAUGUAUUGGGAGUUGGUGUAUCAUUGUUUGCCUAGGGUAAUUGUUUGAUUUAAGCUUAGGUUUUGAAGUUUUUGGCUGCUUUGUGGUGAUCUGUAAGUGUUUUGAUAUAGUGGAUUUUGGAUAUACUGGAUAAUCGGAUUAAGGUUUUUUGGUUUCGGGUGUGUGUGAUAUGGAUGAUUCGAAAAAUAAGUAUAAUGAACACCUGGGUGUUAACAAGAUUGGGAAAAAUAUUAGAAAAAGUCCAAUGCAUCAACCCACUUUCACGAAUACUGCUCGGCAACAACCACAGCCUCAGGUUUACAACAUUAAUAAGAAUGACUUUAGGAACAUUGUUCAACAGCUCACUGGUUCGCCUUCUCACCAUGAUCCACUUCCUAGGCCUCCACAAAACCCUUCCAAGAGGAGGCCUCCUCAUUUGGCACCGAUUAAUGUAAACAGACCUCAGAUGUCCCAAAUGCCCCAUCGCCCUGCUCCCUUACCUGUACCUUCUCUGCCUCCCUCUGGAUCUGCUGUACCUCUUAAUAAUAACUUCUCUAGACCUCCUUCUGGAAAUUUUGGUCCCCCAUUACCACCAAUGAUGCCACCACCAUACCCUCCCGGUGAUCAAGUUUGGUCAAAUACAGCCGAGUCUCCUAUAUCAGCAUACAUGCGAUACCUUCAACAUUCCAUCCUAGACUCUGGUCCGAGGCAGAACCAAAUGCACCCUCAACAUCAGCCUCCAUAUCCUGGUCCAAAUAUGGCAUAUCCGCCAUCAUCCGGGUUACUUCCUAACCCAUCUGGCCCCCCUCUACCAUCACCAAGAAUGAAUGGUCCUCCUCCUCUCCCAUCACCUAGAAUGAAUGGUCCACCGCCCCUACCAUCACCUAGAAUGAAUGGUCCACCACCCCUACCAUCACCAAGGAUGAACGGCCCUCCACCCCUCCCUUCCCCUACGAUGAAUGGUGCUCCCCCACUCUUACCGUCCCCUACUUCGCAGUUCCUCCUGCCUUCGCCGCUGCCUUCACCCUAUGGUUUCAUGAACAUGUUAUCACCCCGUUCACCUUAUCCGUUACUUUCUCCUGGAUAUCAAUUUCCUCCACCACUGACACCUAAUUUCUCGUUCUCUUCAGUUCCUCAGUCUGGGAUUUUAGGUCCUGGCCCUCAUCCUCCACCCUCCCCUGGUUAUGGAUUUCCAUUGUCUCCUUCGGGGUUUUUUCCUUUGUCAAGCCCAAGAUGGAGGGAUCCAAUUUCAAGCCCAAGAUGGAGGGAUCAAAUUCCAAGCCCAAGAUGGAGGGAUCAAUAGCCUUUGAAGGAUGCCUGAUUAUGCAUCGGUUCUGGGAUUCAGUCUCCAAAUAUAUUCUUUUUGGCAUGGUAGCUUUAUCUUGAAAGGUAUAAUUUAGUCUGGCAGUGUAAGGUUUCAGUUGUGAUAUUGAGUCUUCUUUUGAAAGGUAUAAUUUAGACUGGCAGUGUAAGGUUUCAGUUGGGAUAUUUAGUCUUCUUUUAGUCUUUAUUUUUAUGUUGUGUAUACACAUUAUGAAAUAUUAUGAGAUCUGUACUCUUUAACAGUUGCAAUCCUUAAUUCCUUUAAAAUUAGUGAUACAGUGAAGAACUGAAGAUGUACAACUCAUCUAUAAUCUUUAAAUGCUCUUUGGAUUUUC